GAAUUUUUCUUUGGCAUUAAUAAAAUGAUAAAUUUUAUGUUAAAAAUUGUAUUUUACACAAAGUCACCGUUCAGAUAAACAAAAAAAAAUAGUUAUAAUCAACUGUUUGACAUCUCAUUUGUUGGCUAAAAAACUUAAAAAUUAAAUUUUAGAUGUGCGCGCUCCUUGAAGAGUAUUUGCUUUGGGUCCCCUUCGCUCUCUAUGGAUCACAGUAAACAUUUCUUGCAUAACGUGGCCCCAUUUUCUGGUCAAUUGAAUUUAAGUCAACUAGAAAUAUCGGCGAUGGCCUACAAGAGACUGUGUUUGGAACUGGAUACCAUUGCCAAUGCACCGGGGCCAGUGGCUCCCGCUUCUCCCCCGGCACCUGUGGCCAGACAAGGGUUGAGGGCAAGUGCUUCGGAGUUCGUUCCACAGGUGCCAAAUAUUGGAGACAGAAGGGCGGUCGAUUUAGGGGAAGAACAGGACGAUUACUCUGACGAGAUCGACGAUGGAUACAAUGCUGAGCGAAAUAUGAGGGCUCCAAGACCCGGAAUUUACGGGUUGCGUUUUUAUAACCUUCCUUAUGAAUCAGAGGAUGCGGGUGACAACCAUUCCGAGGCAGAGAGAAAGAGAAAGUUCGGCUACAGGGCUCCCAGGUUCCGUCCGAAUCAACCGGCUGGCCGACCCAUGAAGACGGAUACGGCCGGAAUGCAGGCGACAUUGCCAUCAAAAGAUUCGGUAAGCGGAGCGCCGCAUUUCAGAGGACCGUAUAUGCCGCUGCUCCAACACCGGAUCGCCAAUGCCGAGGCGUAUGGGCUUAUCCGGGAACCGGACGAGGGACCCAGUCUACUUCUGGAGGACAUGCUCAAGCAGUUAUCGCGCCUUGAAAAAUGUCCCCAAACCUUUAAUUCCAUUUUUCAGGGGAGAAACCGACAGAAUUCCUCAUCCUAAGAGCAAUAAUCGAUUCAUCCCAAUUUGUGUUUCCAUAUCUAGACAAUUGUAAUCGAGUUACUUGAUAAAAGCAGGCGCUGACUUAAAA